AUGGCCUCCUGCGCGGAUCGCGCUCUCCAGUCCAUCGCCUCCGCUGCGACCGAUGCGGUGCAGAAGGGCUUCACUGCUGGGCGGCGAUUCGUGGGCCACAUCCCGUUUCUGGACGCGGAGUGCCGCCGCGAGGGUCUCCUCUUUGGGGCUGCUCAGCGUCGACCGAUGUUGCUCUCCUACGACUUCCGCCAGGCUUUCCCGUCCCUCUUCCGCGACGUGAUCGACAUGGUGCUGCCGCGGUGCGGCGUCCCGCUUGGCUUCCGCAACGUGGUCUCGGCGCUGUGCUGCAACUGCCUCGCCUUCAGCCCCUUCCGCGCUUCGGGCUCCAGCGCGGCGAUGGAGCCGCUGUUCGCCUUGAGGUGUGGCACCAUGUCGGGGUGCCCUCUCUCUGGCACGGUCUGGUGCUUGGGCAUGGGCGCCCUGAUCCGAGCGCUGAUCGAGGCGCUGGGAGACCCUCCUGAGGGCUACCUCACGGCGUGUGCCCAUGACCUGGGCAUGCCCAUCCGCAACGCCAGGGUCCUCCCGUCCACUGCCUCGCCCUUCGAUGACAUCGAAUUCGCCUUCAAAUUGCAGCUGGCGAUCCCCAAGUGCGCGCUGGUCCCUCUCUGUGCCGAGGUCACCCCCAGCCUGACCAGCGAGGCCAAGGAAUACCUGGCCGCGCUGGCCCCGCGCUGGAGUGGCUUCCGCAUCGACUCCGCUGCCAAGUACUUGGGAACGCGCAUUGGCCCAGGCAUCUCGGAGCAGGGCAUCUGGAAGGAAGCGGCGGCGAAGUGGUGGCCCCGUGCUGCGGGCCUGAGUCGCACGGGCAUGGCGACCAGCCUUGCCGCCAUCGCCUACAACGUGAAUGUGCUCCCUUGCCUUUCCUACCUGGCCCAGUUCUUCUUCCUCAUCCCCGAGAUCUGGCGGGUCGAGUUCACGCUGCUCCACCGCCCCCUGCGGUUCCCGCCCUCGUCCAUGCGCAAGGCGGACAUUCUCUCCAUGGGCGCGUGGUGCGGCUCCCCAGCACCGGUGGGCUUGCCCCCGUACUCAGUCGCCGCGCUCCCCCGUGCCGCGGCCCACGCUGUGCGUGGCUGGGUACCUACUCUGCGCGCUUUGCACGAGGCGGCGGUGGAGCACCUCCCACUGGUGCCCGCCCCAGUGCAGCCGUCCCUCGUCGAGGCGGCUCGCCGCGCUAUGAUCGCCGAGGAGCCGGCGGCCGCCCAAGCUGUUCCGCCCAGGAAGGUCAAGUGCCAGACUGCGGCGAUGCGCACCCUGAGGGAUGGCCUCUACGACGACCGCCUCGACCAGCUGAUCGGCCGCCGCCUGGGGCGCUGGGGCCUGGAGGUGCCCGCCGAGGAGCUCCGCGUGCGCUGGCUGGAGCUCCGCGCUGAACUGCGCGUGGCUCGCCCUUCAUGGGAAUGGUCGUGGCUGCGCACCGUGGUCGACGGAUGGAUCACGUCGGGCAGGAUGCACGUCAUUGCCCCUCGCUCUUGCAUCAUGGGCUGCGACGCGAGGGACGACCUCUCGCGCUACAUGGACUGCGUGGGGCUUCGCAGCGCUGUUGCUGCCCCUGCGGAGCCGAAUGAGCUGGGCUGCGGAAUUGUCUUCCCAGGGCUCGGUCGCUCGCCUGAGCAUCGCGUGCGCCCACGCAUGACCUGUGUGAGAGCGGUGGUAUUCGCCGCGCAGCUCUUCCAUAUUCGGAAGUGGCGGGCUGACAGCAGCCUGCCCAUCCAUGAUGCCGCGAUUGCGGCCGCACGCAUCGCAGCUUUACACCGUAUUCAG